AUGCCGCCUAAAAGGAAGCAAUAUCAAUGGCAUUUCGGGGCUGCACCUCAGCCAGCAUUGAAGAACCACCAUCCACUUCUUAAUGGUGGAGAACAGGAACCUCUUACCUCAAGUCAGAGGCAUAAGAAACCUAGAAUAGACGUCAAGAAAGAGGCUAGUCUUAACAAGCAUGCUAUUCAGCAGCUACUGCAGAGUCAGGACUCUGAGGAAUUGCAAAGAAAUAAAUUGCAAAUACAGGAAUUGUUUCAUUAUAAUAUGUCACAGAAUCAAGAUCAGCCAAAGAUUUUACAUCCUUCUCUGCAGUUGAAGGGUGUUGACAAAGAAAAGCAGCAGCAACCGAUGAGGCAUGUAGUAACACAACAGGAGGUGGUGCAUCAAGCAUCUGUUAUGCAGCUCCCUGAUGAAGGUGUUUGUUCACGCCGGCUAAUGCAGUACAUAUAUCAUCUCCGAAACCGGCCAGCUGACAAUAACUUGUCCUAUUGGAGGAAAUUUGUGGCAGAGUAUUAUGCCCCAAGUGCUAAGAAAAGGUGGUGUCUGUCCUUGUAUGAUGAAGUUGGGCGCGAUGCCCUUGGUAUUUUGCCCCAUCUAACGAUGGUACCAUGGCAGUGUAACAUAUGUGGUUGUAAAUCAAGAAGGGGAUUUGAGGCAUAUUUUGAAGUGCUUCCAAGGCUAAAUGAAAUCACAUUUGGGAGUGGUGUGAUCGAUGAACUCUUGUUCCUCGAUUUGCCUCGUGAGAUUAGAUUUCCUUCUGGAGUAAUGAUGUUGGAAUAUGGAAGAGCAGUUCAAGAGAGUGUCUACCAGCAACUUCACGUUGUUCAUGAAGGUCAACUUCGUAUAGUAUUCUCUCAUGAUUUGAAGAUAUUGUCCUGGGAAUUUUGUGUAUGUUCUCAUGAAGUUUUCUUCCGUCGAACUGCAGUUGCACCACAGGUUGUUCAGCUGGUUCAUGCCGUACAGGAUUACAAGUGCUCUAUUGAUGACAGAGGAUCUGAUGGGGUUUUGUUCCAAGAUGUACAAGCAAAUUGCAAUACGAUCCUAGCAGCCGGAGGACAACUUGCAAAGACUGUGGAUCAACAGCUGGUUGAUGAUUUGGGAUUUUCCAAGAGAUACACCCGGUGCUUGCAGAUAGCUGAGAUUGUCUACACCAUGAAAGAUUUAAUGAUUUUAUGCCAGGAUAAUGUUACUGGCCCAAUUGAGAGCCUGGAAAGUUAUUGCAGAGGAGCUGCCACGACCAAGCUCCAGAAACAGGAAAUAAAAGGAAAGGAGCAGCUAGAGAGUGCACGAGAUCCUCCAAAAGACAACAAUAAGUUGAUGGCUGCAUCUUGUGGUUUUAGAAGUAAUACAAAUGAAAGCUCACCUAUGAAUCACAAAGGACUUUCAACUAGCGCAGAACUGGCAGCAUCAUUGCUGCGUGGUUCUCACCACAAAUUGAUGGGACAAAGCAACUUGACCUCCAUUGUGAGCAGAGCUAGCCAGGAGCCGCACAUCCAGGACACCUCUUCUGAACCAUUUCAGGGUCCUAGAACCUCAAAUUCAGGACUGAUUAAAAGCUCAGUGGAAAAUGGCUUGUCAAGUUUAGAUUUGUCUAUGAAGCAGUACGCCAUUCAAAAACUAGUACAGGAAAUGAUCAACAACAAUAGCCGAUCAGCAAAUAAGCAUGAUAGGGAAGAACCCAUCUGGGGGAGUGGUAAAGGUUCAGUUAUAGAGUUGCCUUCAGGAGUUUGGGGCUGCCCAACAGCCGCAGCUACCCGAGGAAAUGUGUUCGAUAGCAUUGCAGGUAGGACCAGCAGCUCGAAGGCAGCCUUUAGUGGGAACUCGUCCGAAGUCCAUACCAAUAAUUGCUUCAUCAAUGGAGAACCAAAUUUGUCAGGAAAGCUUUAUUUACCGGAAUCAAUACUUAAUAUUUCUCACGGCUAUCAUGAUCAUAAUACAAUUUAUGGCAAUGGCAAUGACGUGGGUUAUGGUUGGAAGGUCUGA